GUCUUUGCUAGUCCUAAAUUAAGAAAAAAUAAAAAAAUAGGUUUCAUCGGCAACAUCAUCAUCAGCUGAUGGAGGAGAAGAUAAAUUGGCUAAGAAAACUACUGCUCCUUGUGGUUUCAAGUCACUUACCACAGCUGUUUGUCUCUGGAGCUUAGAAGUGUUUAUUAGGCAUAGCCAUAGAUUGAUCAUAAACGCCACCUCGGGGUUGAGUCUCACCCUAACGAAGUAGGAUGUAGAUAAACCUGGAGAUGAGUCUAUUGAUUUUACCCUAAAAAGUAUUUACAAUGAUGAUGCUGGCUCAGUGGCUCAAGAGUAAGGAAGUGAGGCGCCUCUACAAGCAGAUUAUUCGAGUAGGAAUUAUAGAAGAAGAUAAUCUCGUACUACUAUUACAACGACUACUAGUAGUAGUUGGUAGGUUAUUUCAUCAAUUUGUCUUCAGAAGCACAGCGCAGGCUGAGAGAGGAGAGUAAGAGAAGCACAAAUGGAGACCAGGAAGAUUAUUGCACCUUACGGUACAUGGAUUUCACCCAUCACAGCUGAUGCUGUGUCUAGAGCUCAAAAGCGCUUACAUGGUAUAGCUGUUGAUGGUCAUGGCCACCUCCUUUGGGUUGAAUCUCGCCCUACCGAAGCUGGAAGAGGUGUUCUUGUUAAGGAAGCAGAUAAACAUGGAGACCAAGCAAUUGAUAUCACUCCAAACGAUUUUGCAGUGAGGACAUUGGUUCAUGAGUAUGGAGGGCAGGCUUUUGCAGUUUCUGGGGAUACGGUCGUUUUCUCAAAUUAUAAGGAUCAAAGACUCUACAAGCAGAUUAUUGGAGAUUCCUUUCUCAUACCAAUCACUCCAGAUUAUGGUGGAUCUACUGUCCGUUAUGCAGAUGGAGUGUUUGAUUCACGCUCCAAGAGUUAUGUCACAGUAAUGGAAGACCAUCGUGAAGGUAGCUUAAAUCCGACUGCAACAGUUGUAUCCGUCAGCCUUAUUGGCGAAACUAGCCAAGAACCAAAAAUAUUAGUUGGUGGCAAUGACUUCUACGCCUUUCCGCGAAUGGACCUCAAAGGAGAGCGACUAGCAUGGAUCGAAUGGGGUCACCCUAACAUGCAGUGGGAUAAAGCAGAACUUUGGGUUGGCUAUAUUUCCAAGGAAGGAGAUGUCUACAAAAAGAUCUGCAUUGCUGGUGGUGAUCCUACAUUGGUAGAGUCUCCAUCUGAGCCCAAGUGGUCGUCCAACGGGUAUUUAUUUUUCGUGACAGAUAGGAACAAUGGAUUCUGGAACAUUUAUAAAUGGAUUGAACACAGCAACGAGGUGGUACCAAUUUAUACCACUGAUGCUGAGUUUACGAGACCAUUUUGGGUUUUUGGUAACUGCUCCUAUGAUUUCAUUCCGAGCACUGGCAGCAACAACUUAAUAGCUUGCAGUUACAGGCAGAGUGGUAAGUCAUACCUUGGAAUCCUAGAUGAUGCUCAGAAUUCUUUGACAGUAGUUGAUGUUCCAUUCACUGAUAUUGGCAAUAUUAUUUCUGGAAGUGACUGCAUAUAUGUUGAAGGAGCAACAGGAAUUCUACCUCUGUCAGUAGCCAAGGUCACUUUAGAUCAAAGUAAAGUAGAAGCUGUUGAUUUCUCAAUUAUGUGGUCUUCUUCUCCAGACAGUAGAAAAUACAGAUCAAAUUUUAGCAUUCCUGAACCAAUUGAAUUUCCAACCGAGGUCUCUGGUCAGAAGGCCUAUGCAUAUUUUUAUCCACCAUCAAACCCCAAAUAUCAAGCUAGCGAUGAAGAAAAGCCUCCACUGUUAUUGACGGUUCAUGGAGGCCCAACGGCUGAAACACGCGGCAUCUUAGAUCUUAAUGUCCAAUACUGGACUAGCCGAGGCUGGGCAGUGGUCGAUGUUAAUUAUGGGGGAAGUACAGGUUACGGCAGGGAAUACCGGCAACGACUUUUGGGCAAUUGGGGUGUUGUUGAUGUUAACGACUGUUGCAGUUGUGCUAAGUUUUUGGUGGAUAAUGGAAUGGUAGAUGAGGAACGGCUCUGUAUUACUGGGAAGUCCGCCGGUGGUUACACAACAUUAGCUUCUCUGGCUUUCAGACAUACUUUCAAAGCUGGUGCCUCCUUGUUUGGUAUCUCAGACUUGAACUCUUUGAACGAAGAGAUGCCGCCAAAAUUUGAGCUCCAUUAUACCAGCAAUCUCGGCGGGAGCGACAAAGACAUGUUUGAGAGGUCACCCAUAAAUUUUGUUGAUAAAUUUUCUUGUCCCGUUAUUCUGUUUCAAGGAUUAGAUGACAAGAUUGUAACUCCAGUGCAAGCUCGUAAAAUACAUAAAGCUUUGAAACAAAAACGGCUGCCUGUUGCGCUGGUGGAGUACGAAGGAGAACAACAUGGAUUCCGCAAGGCUGAGAACAUUAAACAUGCACUGGAGCAACAGAUGAUGUUUUUUGCUCGUUUGAUAGGGCACUUCAAGGUGGCUGAUGAAAUUACCCCCAUAAAAAUUGACAAUCUAGACUAAGGGUGCAUUUAAGGGAUUCCACGAUGCCCCCAGAAAUGGUUCGGUUUGGCCUAAUCUCCUCAGUGCUUGAAAUCUCAUUACUGAGGAAAAUGGAAUUUUCAAUUGAUGGUGGUAUAAAAUUCCAGUUGUCUGUUGGUUGAUAAUUUUAGCAAGUGUGUAUUAUGAAGUCUCAAGGAUGAGGGCAACAAUUAUGAAGCAGUGUCUUCUGACUUCAGGCUACCCGGUUUGUGUGAUAUUAACACGACACCGCUAUUAUUUGUGAUGGUAAAUUAUACUAAGAGUUAAGAGUAUGCAGUGCAAACAUGUUAUCGGUAAAUAUCCCUUUGUAGUGAUAAAAACCACUUGUUUUACUGUAUGUUUGAAG